GUGAUUUCCUGAAGACGCUGGAGGACCCGGACCUGAACGUGCGUCGUGUUGCCUUGGUAACGUUUAACUCUGCCGCCCACAACAAACCCAGUCUGAUCCGAGAGCUGCUGGACUCGGUUUUACCACAGCUGUACAACGAGACCAAAGUCAGGAAGGAGCUGAUCCGCGAGGUGGAGAUGGGUCCGUUCAAACACACGGUUGAUGACGGGUUGGACUUGAGGAAGGCUGCGUUCGAGUGCAUGUACACUCUGCUGGACAGCUGCCUGGACCGACUCGACAUCUUCACCUUCCUCAACCACGUAGAGGACGGCCUGAAGGACCACUACGACAUCAAGAUGCUGACGUUCCUGAUGCUGGCCAGGCUGUCGUCUCUGUGUCCCAGUGCUGUCCUCCAGAGACUGGACAGACUGGUGGAACCGCUGAGAGCCACCUGCACCACCAAGGUGAAGGCGAACUCGGUGAAGCAGGAGUUCGAGAAGCAGGAUGAGCUGAAGCGGUCGGCGAUGCGAGCCGUCGUGGCGCUGUUGACGAUCCCCGAGGCGGAGAAGUCGCCACUGAUGUCGGAGUUCCAGUCCCAGAUCUCGUCCAAUCAGGAGCUGGCGGCCAUCUUCGACUCCAUCCAGAGGGACUCCAGCUCCGCCAACAUGGAGUCCAUGGACACCAGUUAAAGAGACGGAUGGACAAUUCCCCACGAUGCAACACGGCACCACCCCCAGCUGCUGGAGCGCUAACCCUGCAGCAUGUUUCCAUGACAACAGGACACACACAUGCACACGCGCACACACACACACACACACACACACACACACUCACACUCGUAGUGACACCCUCUCUUAGCAAUCGAUCGUUCCAUGAUGCAUUGCACUGAAAUCAGCUGUUGGAAAAGAAAGACUGUCGUACGGCGAACACACACGGACAAAAAGGACAAAAACAAAGAACAAAAAAAAAUUCCAUAUGAGGCUUGGAAGCUCCUCCCACUUUCUGUUUGUUUUUCUAGCAAGGUCGUCUGAUUGGCUGGCCUCACUGUUCAUCAUCAUUCUUCUCUUUUUUUUUCUCUUUUUUUAUUCCAGAAAGUUCCACAGGUACUGUAACCUGAUUGGCCGCUGCUGAGUGACUGACAGUUGGCGUUUUAUUAAAACUGACCAAUGGGAAAACGGCCUGUGUUGCCUGAGGCUGUGUGGUGACCAAUGGGAGAAGGGCUCGCUCUGUUGUUUUUUUUUUUUUUUUGGCGAAUGACGUAGGCGACCAAUAGGAUGCUUGGGGGUGACGGCGGGUGGGCAGGGUUUAACUGUUUGUGGACCAAUCAGCUUCUUUGUUUCCCCUGAUUCAAUAGACCCGCCCUCGCUCCCUUCACUCCUCUGAAGGGAAGAGGAGAGAGCUCAUUGGACCAGGUCCAGCCUGACCAGACUUGAUUGGACCGUGCGGAUGGCUGUUGCCAUGGUAACGCAGUGUGUGACACAAAGUAACAAUAUACUGAUCGUUUUUGUUUGUUGCUCCCGUCAGUCGGCCCCUCCCGCCCCAGAACCGGUUCCAGCCGGUUGAGUCCGGUCUGGACUGGUUCCAUUUACUGUGCUGUAGUCUGGUCUGAUCUGGUCAAACUGGAUCCAGUCUGGUUUAAUCUGGUUCAGUCCGGUCUGGUCAGGACAAUCCACUGUUGUUUAUCGCCCAAGAAAAAUAAAAAAAAGGUCCAUUUCUGCCUGCCUUCA